UCUACAGCUUAACAACGGAAGACAUCACCUUUGCUCUCACCAAAACUAAGGAACAACCCUUGUGUGGAUACACUCUACUCUGCACAGAACAUCCAAUACUUUUUAUCCUGGAAACCAAAAAGGGAGAUACCUUUGCCAGUCGUGGCAUCAUUCCGUGGAUAAUCUAGAUAUUUUCGCAUAUAUGAACUCUAAAUUUGUAUAUGUAGAAAAACAUAUUCGUCAUCAAAUGACUUCAUUAUAUCAUAAUGUCAUGCAACAAAAAUGCGAACUGGAAAGACAAGUAAUAACUAAUGCCUUGUCUUUUGCUACUCUUCAACCAGAUGAAUUCGCAUAUCGACUUAUGAAGGGACCAGGCUAUAUGGCAAUCAUUACUGGAGAAGUUACGCAUAUUGUCAAAUGCAUACCUGUAGAUGUCACAGUAAGAAGGACAGGAGAAUGUUACACAGAGAAUGUUACACAGAGUUACCAGUAACUGUACGUAAUAUUUCCUUAUUUCUUACUCUUAAAUCUCGAGUAAUUACCAAACUCGGAAAUCAAAGAGAGUGCAGCUACGAAUUACCUACGAUAUAUCGCAUCGAAGAUACUUGGGUUCAAUUUACACCUGAACCUCAACAAUUACGACCAUUAACAACUUUAUCUUGGGACUACUUAACACCAGGACCUCUUGCUAUCAGCGGAAUAUAUUCCAAGAAGGAUAUAGAAAAGUUGAGGGACCACAUUAUGUUUCCUGCAGAGAAACCUGCUCUCCUCAAUACAAUCGCUAGAGGACUCACUGGCCAUUCCAUCGAUACGAACGUAGUCUCCAUGUACAAUCUGCUAGACGAAGCUUCUCUCAAUAAAAUAGCUGAGAAUGCCGCUUCUCGAGUAUGGAAUGGAUUUGUUACAUUUGGUUCUGCAACCGCCGGUAUAUUUGGCAUCCUAGUAGUCAUUAUAAAAAUCCGCAUUAUAAAAAUCAUUGUCGAUACCGCCAUUCAUGGAUAUGCUCUACAUACUGCCUAUGGAUGGAGUUUACAUUUAUUGGGAGCGAUCUGGAGCUCUCUCACCCAUUUGUUACUUCAUCUUGCACGAGGAUCAAUUAACAAAGACGUCGACAACAAGGACGACAUAUCACCGUCUGCACCCGAAGAGCCACCCCUAUUGCCCCUAGAACCACCAGCGACCGAUUGUUCUUUAAAAAUAAGCGAAAAUGCUGGAGUCAACAUCGAAUUAGCAACCAUUGAGAUAGAUGAUUCUGAAAAUCAUGCUUAUAAAAAUCUAAGAGACCAAUUGAAGGAUCUCGAACAAAUCACUACGAAAACAUCGUAAUUUGUUCUUAAAUAAGGGGGGAGGUGUAAUGUCCUGCCAAUUUUAAAAACUAUAUUUUAGCUAGUAAUUAAGUACCGCUUUUAUCCCUGCAAAAUACCUAUGGAAUAAUUAUGUAAUCCAUUUGCUUUUAUUUUAAUUGUUAACUAAUUUUAUUAAUCGCUUAU